AUGGCUAGCUCUGCGCCUCCCUAGCUGCCGACCUCCACGGACCUCCGAUAUCUCGGCCAGAUCAGGCAUGGCGGCCGGCGGCGAGGUGUCCAUGUGCACGCCGGCGUUCGCGUGGCGGGUGGUGCAGAGCCGGUGGUUCGUGGUGUUCGCGUCGAUAGUGGUGAUGGCGGCGUCUGGGUCCACCUACAUCUUCGCGCUCUACUCCAAGGUGCUCCGCUCCAAGCUGGGCUACAACCAGGAGACGCUCAACAAACUCUCCUUCUUCAAGGACCUCGGCACCAACGUCGGCGUCAUCUCCGGGCUGGUGCAGCAGGUGGCGCCGACGUGGGCCGUGCUGCUCAUCGGCGCCGGCAUGAACCUGGCGGGCUACCUCAUGAUCUACCUCGCGCUCACGGGCCGCACGGCGGCGCCGCCCGUCUGGCUCAUGUGCUUCUACAUCUGCUUCGGCGCCAACGCGCUCACCUUCUCCAACACUGGCGCGCUCGUCGCCUGCGUCAAGAACUUCCCGGAGAGCCGCGGCAUCGUCAUCGGCCUGCUCAAGUCCUUCGUCGGCCUCAGCGGCGCCAUCUACACGCAGCUCUACCUCGCCAUCUACGGCGACGACGCCGCCUCGCUCGUGCUCCUCGUCGCCUGGCUCCCCGCCGCCUUCAACAUCUUCACCGUCUACACCAUCCGCGUCCUGCCCUACGCCCGCCGCCGCGACGGCGAGGGCGCCUACAACACGCCCUUCUACCACUUCCUCUACCUCUCCCUCGCCCUCGCCGCCUACCUCCUCGUCAUGAUCGUCGUGCAGAAGCAGGUGCACUUCUCCCACGCCGCCUACGUCGUCACCUCGACGGCGCUACUCAUCAUCCUCUUCAGCCCCGUCGGCGUCGUCGUCAGGGAGGAGUACAAGGCCGUCUCCCAGCUCGAGGAGUCGCUGCAGCAGCCGACGGCCAUCGCCGUCGAAGAACCAAAGGCGACUGCCGCCGAGAAGGACGACGACGAGCCAUCGCCGCCCUUGUGCGGCGGCGGCGGCAUGGGCUGCAUCGCCAACAUGUUCAAGCCGCCGGCGCUCGGGGAGGACUACUCCAUCAUGCAGGCGCUGGUCAGCGUGGAGAUGCUGGUGCUGUUCGUCAUCUCCGUGUUCGGCAUCGGCGGCACGCUGACGGCGAUCGACAACAUGGCGCAGAUCGGCCAGUCCCUGGGCUACCCGGCUAAGAGCAUCAACACCUUCGUCUCCCUCAUCAGCAUCUGGAAUUACGCCGGGCGCGCGGGCGCCGGCUACAUCUCGGAGUUCCUCCUCGCCCGGUACCGGUUCCCGCGGCCGCUGGUGCUCACCGCCGUGCUCCUCGUCUCCUGCGUCGGCCACCUCUUCAUCGCCUUCGGCGUACCACAGUCGCUCUACGCCGCAUCGGUGAUCAUCGGCUUCUGCUUCGGCGCGCAGUGGCCGCUGCUGUUCGCCAUUAUCUCCGAGGUGUUCGGGCUCAAGUACUACUCGUCGCUCUUCAACUUCGGCUCCGCCGCCAGCCCCGCCGGCGCCUACGUGCUCAACGUCGUCGUCACCGGGCGCAUGUACGACGCCGAGGCCACCAGGCAGCACGGCGGCGUGGCCGCCGUCGGGGACAAGAUCUGCAAGGGGGUGGUGUGCUUCAAGCGCCCCUUCCUCAUCAUCACCGCCGUCACGUUCGCCGGCGCUCUCGUGUCGCUGGUGCUGGUGUGGAGGACCAGGAACUUCUACAGGGGUGACAUCUACGCCAAGUUCAAGGUGGCGCCGGCGGCGGCCGCUGAUGGGAGCAGCAACGGCGGCGUCCAGAUGGUGCAGGGGACGGAGGCGAGUGCAUCGGAGGCGAAGACCAAGAAGAAAGAGGUGGUCAAUGAGGACUUGUAAUAGCUUCAUGCACUAGAGUAUAGCAGUGUUUGGAGAGAUCAGGAGGAUCCGAGGAUGGGGAGUUGAAAUCAGUGUAAUUGUGAAUCUGUAAACACCACCUGUGUUUUUAUCCAUAGUCUGUUUGCAGUAGGGGGAUUUGGAUCCUACAAACUGUCUGUCUAAUUCCUCUCCUCAAAACACCUGUUUUGAGUAAAUUUUACCGAGAAAAAUCCAUAGAGGGUGCGAAAUAGUGGCAUACGAAUUGAAGCAUGAAAAUUUCAUAUCCCCCAAAUAGGGCCUAAAUGUAAUAUGGUUCCAAUGUUAAGGAAAGAUAGUUUGAGUUUCUUUUUCCAUGUGUUGCAUUACAGGGUUGCAAGUUGCAACUGUCACAUCCUUCACUGUAAGUACUCGAGUGACAUUAGUCCUGAGGUACGUACUGGAAAAACUGCAUGAGUGUGAAGUGUUAACGAACUGCUGGUCAAUGGCAGAACAAGGGCUGCUCCCAUAGUGGCUUCAAAUUGAUAUUCAAAUAUGAACAAUUUAUUGGCAGUAGCACUUGAAAUGAUAUACUGGAAUGAUUUUUGCAGUCUAGGCAAAUUGCAAUGGUUCCAGCGUCACUACUGUGCUAUGAGUAUGUAAAAUGAAAUGAUGUGUCUCCAUGUCUUUCUCGAA